GGGACAGGAACAGGCCCACAUAUAAGUGUCUCUACCCUACAGGCCUCUGGCACUCCCAAGCACCAUGAAUGCCAUUGUCGCUCUCUGCCACUUCUGCGAGCUCCAUGGCCCCCGUACUCUCUUCUGCACGGAAGUUCUACACGCUCCACUGCCCCAGGGUGCUGGAAGUGGAGACAGUCCUGGCCAGGUUGAGCAGGCUGAGGAAGAGGAGGGAGGCAUCCAGAUGAGUAGCCGGGUCCGUGCCCACAGCCCAGCCGAGGGUGCCAGCACCGACUCCAGCAGCCCGGGACCCAAGAAAUCAGACAUGUGUGAGGGCUGCCGGUCACUUGCUGUGGGGCACCCAGGCUAUAUCAGUCAUGACAAAGAGACCUCUAUUAAGUAUGUCAGCCACCAGCACCCCAACCACCCGCAGCUCUUCAGCAUUGUCCGUCAGGCCUGUGUCCGGAGCCUGAGCUGUGAGGUAUGCCCCGGUCGUGAAGGCCCCAUCUUCUUUGGUGAUGAACAGCAUGGCUUUGUGUUCAGCCACACCUUUUUCAUCAAGGACAGCCUGGCCAGAGGCUUCCAGCGCUGGUACAGCAUCAUCGCCAUCAUGAUGGACCGAAUCUACCUCAUCAACUCCUGGCCCUUCCUUCUGGGGAAGAUCCGUGGGAUCAUCUGUGAGCUCCAGGGCAAGGCCCUCAAGGUGUUUGAGGCAGAGCAGUUUGGAUGUCCACAGCGUGCCCAGAGGAUGAACACCGCCUUCACACCCUUCCUGCACCAGAGGAACGGCAACGCUGCCCGCUCUCUAACCUCCUUGACCAGUGACGACAACUUGUGGGCGUGUCUGCACACCUCCUUCGCCUGGCUCCUGAAGGCAUGUGGUAGUCGGCUGACAGAAAAGCUCUUGGAAGGUGCGCCCACAGAAGAUACCCUGGUCCAGAUGGAGAAGCUUGCUGACUUAGAGGAAGAAUCAGAAAGUUGGGACAAUUCUGAGGCUGAAGAGGAGGAGAAAGCCCCUGCUAUGCCCGAUGCUGCUGAAGGGCGAGAGCUGAACAGCUGCCCGACAGAGUCGUCCGUUCUCUCAGCCUGUGGGAGCUGGAAGUCCCCAAAGCUUUCUGUCUUCAAGUCCCUUCGACACAUGAGACAGGUCUUGGGUGCUCCAUCUUUUCGCAUGUUGGCCUGGCAUGUCCUCAUGGGAAAUCAGGUGAUCUGGAAAAGCAGAGAUGUGAACCUUGUCCAUUCAGCGUUUGAAGUCCUCCGGACCAUGCUGCCUGUCGGCUGUGUCCGAAUCAUCCCAUACAGCAGCCAGUAUGAAGAGGCCUAUCGCUGCAACUUUCUGGGGCUCAGCCCUUCCGUGACUGUCCCUGCUCAUGUGCUGGCCUCAGAGUUCGCAGUUGUUGUGGAGGUGCUCCCGGCCACGCGCUCAAACCUCCACCCGUCUGGGUGCGAGGAUGACCAGUCCCUCAGCAAGUACGAGUUUGUGGUGACCAGUGGGAGUCCUGUGGCCGCAGACAGAGUUGGGCCCACCAUCCUGAAUAAGAUCGAAGCAGCUCUGACAAACCAGAAUCUGUCUGUGGAUGUGGUGGACCAGUGCCUCAUCUGUCUCAAGGAAGAGUGGAUGAACAAAGUGAAAGUCCUGUUUAAAUUCACCAAGGUGGACAGCCGUCCCAAGGAGGACACACAGAGGCUGCUGAGCGUCCUAGGUGCCUCAGAGGAGGACAACGUCAAGCUGCUCAAGUUCUGGAUGACUGGCCUGAGCAAAACCUACAAGUCCCACCUCAUGUCCACAGUCCGCAGCCCCACAGCUUCAGAGGCACGGACCUGACUCCGACAGCACCUUGUGGAAGGUACUGGGCAUCCCAUGCCUGUGCGGGACACCGCCCUUGGCUUUCUGACCGUUGGAGGAAUGAAGGCUUCUGCGCUUGGCUUCGCCCUCUUGUGAGGCUCUGUCAUCCCAUAGCUGUUGAAAUAUAGGGGACAAAGGACAGUGGUCCCUCUGCAUCC